AUUUAUCAUCAUAAACUAUACUUCGUAAGCGACACAGACCACUACCUCAGAGUCAGAUUCAGAUCAAGGGUAUCUACUUCCUGAAUCAUCUUCAAUUAAUCCUACAAAAAAGAGUGAAGGCCUCAACAUCUGUUUCCUGUGUGGAAGCAUUGAACACAGGGGUAUGACAGAGCAACGAUAUGGCAAACAGCAACUACAUUUCGACUCCUGGGUUUUCACCGCUGUGGUUUUCACUGCUGUUGGUUGCCCUGUAUCAUGAUGUGAACGCUCUUUGUGGAUCAAGGACAUACAGCGCCAGUACAGUAAAGAGCACUUUCUCGUAUAUGAACUACCAAAACAACGAGAUUUGCCAUAUCACCAUACAGCCUUCUUACAGCAGAGGUUACUACUUAGAGAUUCGCUGGGAUCAGUUUGAUGUAGAGGGGUAUAUGCCAUCCUGUUCACACGACUAUAUCGAAGUUUUUCUUACAUUACAAAGUAAAUCCAUUGGAAGGUACUGUUCUGAUAACAUUGGAGUACAGAAACUCUUCAAAAUGUAUUCUGCUGAUGGCUAUGCUAAGAUUUUCUUCAAGACGGACAGCAGUAUCACCAGAAAAGGCUUUCAGUUUACUUACCAGCUGAAGAGUUACAGCAGCGGAUAUCUGGGUACAUAUGGAAGGGAUAACUGCUAUUAUGAUAUCGACUCCAAAUAUGCUGGAAUAUUCUAUUCGUCUGGUUGGCCUAAGGGGUACACCAAAGGAGAUGCCUGUACCCAUAGUCUAAAUGUGGCUGAGAAAAGACAUACGCGCAUCGCAGUUAUGGAUCUCAAUUUGCGCAGUAUCUCAACACCGUGCAAUAGUAGCAGUGACAAUGUUGUAGCUCGAGAAUCAUCUGCGUAUUAUUCGUCUCUGCUUAGUAUAAUUCUCUUCGGAACUGCUGUGACAAAGACACUUUGCUCAACGUGGCAACCCGGAAUUGCAACAGCUACCAAGCAACAUACAUAUAUCACGUUCACUAGACCACUCGGCUCCUACCCGACAUACACAGAAAGAGGCUUCAUGAUUGGUUACAUCAGCUAUAGCACAGACAUAUGUUUUCAAAAUCCUUGCAUCAAUGGCGGAACAUGCGUUGCAUCUGGUAAUUCACGAAGUUGCAGCUGCCCUCCAGGAUUCACCGGAGUUCUCUGCCAAUUUGGAAUAGAUGAAUGUACAAGCAAUCCAUGUCAGAACGGAGGAACGUGCGCGGACAAAAUAAAUGGAUACAAUUGUACGUGUACAUCUGAAUACAGUGGCAAGAACUGUGAGACAAAAAAGGAUUCAGGGGACACACUGACCACCAUACUAACUGCAGUUUUUGGAGGUACAGGGGGAUUGUUAAUAUUAUCUUUCAUUAAUUUCAUUGUUGGCUUGAUAAAGAGCCAUAAAGGAGGUGAGGAAAGAGGUUGUUGUACAAUAUUUUGUACAUUUAAUAUAAACACAAAAAAACAGGAUGACUAGCGAUAAAAAGGGGUUGAAAAGAUCAUUCUUGUGAGAUCGCUGUAUAAUUAAUUACACAA